CCCCGCGCAGCAGAACACACUGGCAGGGCCUUCUGGGAGUUGGAGUCCAUCUUCCUAACUCCCCAAUGGCUGCCCAGGCUGUCCCUCCUCCUUUCCGCCUCCUCCGAUUGGGCCGCUAUGAGGAAGACCAAGGCGGGCCUAGGCGGAUAGUCCCACCUCCUUUGUGCGGAUGCCACCAUAUUUUCCUAUUGGCUCCUCAAGCUGUCCCUUCUAUUUUUCCCUUCUUCCGAUUGGGCAACUAGGAGGACCAAGGCGGGCGUAAGCGAUUAGCCCCACCCUUUGCGCAGACGUCACGACGCCCGGCGUGGCUGUUGCCGUGGCGACGCCUCAGGGCCUGUCGGGCGCGGCCAAGCCUUCUUUUUCUUUCUCCUCCUCCUCCGCGGAGAAAGAAGCCGCGAUGGGGAGCCCCAAGGGAGGGCGGCGGAGCCGGCAGAGGGGGAAGCUGGGCCGCCUCUCCCGCGUCGGGACCGCCAGCGCCAUCUCCGCCUCCGGGAUCGGGCGCAGCCCCUCCAAGCCCAGAAGGCAGUCUUCGGCGAAGGUCCGGCCCAAAGAGGUCCACUACGCGGCCAGCGUGGGGAACGUGCACUGGCUCCAGAUGUGCCUGCAGAAAGCUGAGAACCCCACCCAGGCCGACAUCAAUGGCUUCUCUGCGCUGCACACGUCGGCUCUGCGCGGGCGCCUGGACUGCAUCCAGGUCAUGGUGGAGAAGUACAGUGUGGACGUGAACCUCCCCAGCGCGACCGGGUGGUGCCCGAUCCACCUGGUGCUGAGCAAGGAGAACGGGCCCCGGGCCCUGGAGUGCCUCACGUUCCUCCUCAGCAAAGGGGCCGACGUCAACGUGCGGAACUGGAACGGGAUGUCUCCGCUGCACCGGGCGGCCAGCGAGGGCCACGACAAGUGCAUCCAGGCCCUGAUCCGCACAGGGGCAGACGUCAACGCCAAGGACGCGGACGGGCAGAGGCCCAUCGACCUGGCCAGGAUGUGGGGCCAGCGGGCCUGUGCCAAGAGCCUCGAGAACGCCAUGUGGAAAGUGGAGAAGGACAAAGUCGCAAAGGAGAUGUGCAAACUGGACAGAAUCAAGGCGGACUGUGAGGCGAGGAGAAUGCAGUUCCUCCAGACAGAGCAGACGGAGGUGGACGUGUCCAACGCCGUGGCCUUUGACAGUUGGCUGGCCAAGAAGCGCCUGCGGCCUCCGUCCAACCGGAUCCUGUCUUACCUGGAAAGGAAGCGCCCGUCCGCCUCUCUCAGGAAGUUGUCCAAGGGGACGGUCAGCCCCAUGCCGUCCGUGGCCCUGCCGGUCCCGAAGGAGGAGGCCCCCUCCCAGGAGCGUGGGCUCCAGCCGUGGAACCCCAGCACCAGCCUCUCCUCCCGGCCGGCCACCCGCAUCUCCCGGCCCACCAUCGUCCGGCUGGGGGUCGAGCCGGAGGAGGCCGCGGCCCCGGACUUCUCCUCCUUCCUUUUCCUCGUCCGGAACGCCUUUGGGGGCCCCAAGAUCCACAUGGGCCGUGCGGGGACAGUCCCCUAUGUGCCGGACCUGCCCUUUGAGGAGCUGAAGCGUGGCCUGUUGCCCCAGCGCUGGGCCCCCCGCCCCCGCCUCCACCUCCCCAGGGACCUGCGCCCCAUGGACAUCCAAGUCCAGAAGCACAAGCGGCCCCCGGAGCCCCGGCACCGCUGGACGGACCAGCUGGCCCUCAGCCUGCGGCAGACGCUGGACCCGGGCUCUGCGCGCACCCUCAGGGCCCACCACGGCCUCUUCGCCACGGGGGGCCCCUCCCCUCCCAGGAGGGGCUCUGGCCAAGGCAAAGGGGCCGCCACGUCUUCCUCCUCCUCCUCCUCCUCGCACUCUGCUUCCCUCCUGAGCAAAACCAGCAUCUGCCAGGAAUAGCCCACCGCGUUGUCUGCCUUGCACUUGCUCUCAUUUAUUUGAAAAAGAUACGCUGCCCCAAUUGCAUCGGCAGAGAAAAGUGGCAGAGAGUGGGCACCGAGGCGUUAAAGGCGGCUUCAUCCAUUGGGCACACACAGACAGACAAAAGAAGCAGCAUUAAAGCAGGAGGCCGUUUCUGAAAUCGAGCGUCAUUACUGGGUCUGGGGGUUUGCAUGGCCGUGCGGCACUGCACCAGACAGGGCCCAGCAUGGGAUUGAAUGGCCGCCCAUUUGUGUUUUUGGAAGACGAGGAGGAUCCCAAGCACUUGGGGAGGCUCAUUACGCAGCCCGUUGUUCUGCAAUAGCGGUCCUUCCACUUGCAGUUGCCAUGUGUUCAAGUGGCAAGUGGGUUACCCUGAGAAGGAAGGAAGGAAGGCUAGAACCCAGCUCUUGGAAUCCGAGAGUGUGAAGAGACCCCAGGGGCCACCCAGCUAAGCCUUCUUUCUGCCAGGCACGGAAAGCGCAGCCAAAGCACCCUCGACAGGUGGCCAUCUGGCCUGUGCGAAAGCCUCCACUGGACUCCCAAGGCAGGGAGUUCCACUGUUGAAUGGUCAGGAACUCCUUCCUAGUGUUCAGGUGGAGUCGCCUUUCCUGGGGCUUGGGUGCCUCAUCCCCUUCCUGAAAGAGCCUCAGGAUUUGGCUUUGACUCUGUUCAAGGACCCAAGUGGAGAAAGAAAGGCCAGGGAGCAGCGUGUUGUUGGCGCCCCCUGGAGGCCGGGAGGGAGGGUCCGUGGUCAGAAGCCUUGCAGAAGACGCAGCUCACAGCCCUCCGGUCAGUGAUUGCAUGGGAUAUCCGGAUUCCACCCAGUGCUCCCCAGGAGCACCAAGAACGCAGCUUGUUUGCCUGUGAAGAUCUCUGCCACUGUGUUGGCUGUAGUUGGCCUGGAGACUAGGACACAGUGGAGCCGUGGGCUCAAACUACAGGAAAGAUCCCGCCUGGACAUUAGGAAGGCCUUCACGGCCACAGGAAGAGCUGGGGAGUCUCUUUCUCUGGAAGGCUUUAAGCAGAGGCUGGGUGGCCCUCUGUUAGGAGGGCUUGGUUGUGCUUUUCCUGGCUGGCAGAAGAGGGUUGGGUGGACUGGCGGCCUCUGGGGUCUCUUCCAACUCUGGGAUUCUGUGAACUUCUAAGGAAACGAGGAAAGGGAGGCCUCCAAGUCCCACCCGGACACCCACAGCCCUCCUCAGGCCUGGCCACCUCGGGACGACCUUUGGCUCCCUGACAAAGUCAAUGCAGCUCUAAUGCAGCCUUUUUCUUCUCCGAACGCCUUGCGCUUUAGAGGUCGGCGUCAUCUCAGAGGCCCCUUUGGGCACCCCUUGCCCGGCACCCCGGAAUCUGAAAUACUCCAAAACUCUCCACUUGGCACCUGAGGGAGCGGCACCUCCACUUUCUGAGGGUUGAGUGCACACAAACUUAGUUUCAUCCACAAAAUUGCUAAAAAUAGUGUGCAUAUAAUUACCUCCAGGCUAUUGCAUUUGGUGAAUAUGGAGUACGAAUUAAUUCUGUCUGGAGGCACGGGCUUCACUCCCAAGCUCUUAUUAUGUUCAUCUAGACAUAAUCCCUAGCACUCCUGGUCCGUGCCUUUUGGAUGAAGGGCGCUGAGGCCGUAAGACCAAACGAGAGAAGUGGUUUCGGAGAACUUAGCCAUAAACAGAACUGCCCAGAUUGGUAAAUUAAAAGGAUGCAUGUGUCUGUCUUUGCUUCCGAGGCAAAGACUGCCUCGUAUUUUUUAUUAACACGGAGCCUGUAGUGCUAAAACAGAGGCCGAAUCUCGACUGACGUAAGAAAGGAGGAGAUCUGGUGUGGGAGGGAUCCCGGGAACCCCCCCUUCCUGGCUGCUCAGGGGCCUCCCUGAACGUCCCGACCCAGAGCAGGGAGAGGACUGUCCCAGUUCUGCGGUUCUGCACCCUUUGCGGACCCGUUCCCGCCCGCCAGCAGCAGCCCCUUCUGCCUCCUCUGCGCCAGGCGAGGAGGGGGCCCUGGCAAGGGGGGGGGGCUGCCCAGGGCUUCCUUUCUGAAGAGUCAAGCCUUGAAAGGGGGGGGGGGCUAAGAAACCUGUGCAAAUCGUCACCUCUAGAUCACGCCUGCUAAGAAACGAAACAAGUCCACAGAAGCCAGUCUUGCCCCGAGAAUCCUCAAGGAGGGCUGACUUCCUGCUAAAAGAGAGGCCUCUCUCCCAAGGACGGACAGGGUCCAUUGACGCAAGGCCUUGUCUCUGGAAAUGCCACUCAAGACGGACAAAGGAACGCUGUGUCAAAGAGGAAGUGCUUUCAGGCGCUGAGAAAACUGCGGGUGGGUUCCUUGAUUGACAGCCUCCAAAGCCCACUCCACAAAGCCCGGAAUGCCUUCGCAACAAAGCGGAGAGCGGCCCGCGGAGGAAGUACCUUUUCAGAAAGUAUGUUUUGGCUUUAACAGGAACGGCGACGGGAUCCUGCGGUUCUAGAAGGCGCCGUGGAGACACACCAAACUAGUCAGCAAAGCCAGAGUGUUCUGCGCAGCGACGGCUCCAGCGCCUUCCUUUGUGGAGGCCGACUCCGCAGAAGCCCACCGUCCCUCCUUCCCAUCCGUCCGUCCGAGGGAGACUCGGGAGAGGGAACGUCCAGUGGAGCCGUCAUGGAAGGGCCGGGGAGGAGGCCGGGUCAAUACAUCUUUUGGCGGCUGGGCAAGAUGGCUUCCUUGAUGAACGAGAAGAUGACCAGGAUCCCGGAGCGCUUGCCCCGCUUCCCUUUCGUGAAGUAGUUCGAGACCACGUCGUCUAAGGGGGGGGG